AUGUUGUAUGUAUAUUUUUUCAUAGCUUGCAUCAGAACGCGUUUAAUCAUCCAAAUACUAACGAUGCAUGUUUUUAAUACACCAGCCCAACUUGCUACGAAUAAAGUGAAAGACAAAAAUGAUGCAAUAGAAAAAUUACAGAACAUCAACUUUGCGUCGCCCUCUACUAUCAAUAGCUUUGACCCAGAAGCCUUGUUAAAAUUGGUUAAUUCAUUGGAUUUGCUUAUCGAUUCUGAUUUACUCCUCUAUUCCAAACCAAAUAGUAGCUCAAUAGUUGAAAUAAGAUUAAAUAAGGUUUCAACCGUUUUGAGGUCAAUACUUGUUAAUAUACUAGGGAGUAAGCAGAGUAUUGCCCUCUAUAAACCGAGACAGAGUGAAAAAAUCAUCAAUACAAUCCUCAAAUAUCUAACAUAUACCCCCCCAGGAUGUAAGCAAACUAUAGUUGAGCCACUUAUGCUAAACCUUACCAAAACGUUAUACAGUUUAUUUAGAGUUCAAUGUUUUAGAGAUCAUCUGUAUCUAAAGACGUAUGAAUCAAUCUUGAGAAAAGUUUUACUUUGCUUAGAAUUACUCAUCUUUGAUUUCAAAUCAAUUGCCAAUAAUGAAGCAGUACUCAUCGAGUUACUAUCACUACUAUAUGAGUUUUUAAAUCCAGCAUUUACAUCAGGGUUGAAUAUAUUGCUUAAUAGUCCAUCAGGCUCUCAAAUUUACUAUCCCAGAAUCGUGGACGUGGUUCUUAAUUACUUAAAGAUAUUAUUUGAAGAUAACAAACGAGAACGUGAAUCAUUGAUCAUCAUUUUUAAGAUUAUUAACAAAUGUUUGAUAGACUUGUCAACAUCACACACAAAAUUUUGCUACAGGCUCUACAAAAUUGGUGUUCAACUUAUUUUGGAGGCUAAGUCAAUUACUUCAAGCAGGUUAAUUACAGAGAUGGCUUUGUUUGUUAAUUUGAUCCCACAGUUUGUAACAUUAAAGAACCUAUACAAAAUCAAAGGAGACAAUUGGAACAUAAAUACUUCUGGCGAAUUAUCAUUCAAAACCCCUAAUGUUAUAACGACUAGCUCUGAACGUAUUGGGCAUUCUACUGAUUCAUCUGCGAUUAUUAAUGCAUCAUCAGAAGUGGAGGAUAACAUGGGAUUUUCUGAAGAAGAUGAAGACGAUGGGGAAGAGAAACCUAAAAUUGAUUUAUUUUCAAUAAGUAGGAGUAACAAACGAAAAUAUGAAGGCCAUCAUUUUUUAGAGUCUAAUGAGGAACUCGACAAUUUGGCCAAGGUUAUUGAUGUAUUGUUUGGUCUGUUUCACGAUACAUCAGUGAAGCGGCAGAUUGAGUUGAAAUACAACCACGUUCAGCUUCAUAGCUUCCCAGUACCUAAAAAAGAAAAAAACUCAUGGCUCUGCUUUCAUUUUCUAUCUUUGACUAAAGAUUCUCCAUCGAAACCUUGGCUAUUAUUUCUUGGUUUUGGUCAGCUCUUAAUUGCCUAUUACCAACUGAAGCUAGAAAAAUUCGAAGCACAAAAAUUCACCGACGAAGUAAUGAUGGUCAAACGUAAACGGUUGACAUUUAUGAAAUCUGAUACGUAUAUGCAGAUUAGUGAUUCUUUACACUACUUCGAUAAUCCUUUAGAUCUUUUAACUUCCAUUUUGACCGAUGAGUCUCUGAAUAAUAAUGUUCAGAUACUAACCAUUUUGAAAACAUUAUCACUCCUAUUAGGCUUUAUAUUCUCAAAUUCUAACAUGAAGUCGUGCUAUGAUAUAUUGGAAAAAUUUAUUAACUCAGCUGAUCUUCAUUUAACUCGAAUUAUGCAUGUUUUUGAGAAGCAUGACAAUAAUAUCAAGUAUUGGGCUUUACAUUCUUUGGAUAUCAUGUUUUCAAUACUUGUUUAUCAUAAAGGCUUUGAAACAGCCAAUAUCAAGUCUUCUGUUGUAUCAAUUUAUCAUAAGUCAAUCAAGUAUAGCUUAGACUUUCUUAAGGAUCCAAAUAUGUCCAAUGUAUCGUGUAUUUUUCUUUUCCAUUUGUCUGUAUUUGAAACAAUCUCAAAUCCAUUGCUGUUUACCUUAAACAAGAACCUUGUCCAGCAAUAUGAGAAUAUCAUCGAUUUGGCGGAAAUCAACGGGCCUGCAAUACUUAGCAAAGAAGCUGUUCUGUUCUGGUAUGCGAGCUACAAUAUAGGAAAGAAGUACAAAUUCAAUAAUGUACAAUUUCUUAAACUGGGAGAUACUUUUAAUCCCCAAUUAUUUAGCCAAAAGGUUUCAAAUUGGAUUUUUUGCAAAUUGGACCAAUUUUCUAAAAUCUCAAGCAUAACUGAUACUAUCCCCAUAGUAGUGCAGCUAAAAAGACUGUAUGGUGAUGACAAAGAAGACUUUAUCCCGGAACAGUUCAUUUCGAAUGAAUCGUUUUAUGAUGGUCCUUCUCUGCACUUAAUUAGAGACUUUAUGAAGAAGCAGUACCUUUCCACUUAUAUUUUGAAGAAGAUAAGCCCAAACGGUACGAUAAUAGAGAUUCCUCCAUAUAAAUUUUCAAAUGAGAGAUUAAUAGUAAAUGAAAUUACUUUGAAUAAGAUGAACAGGGAGCUUUCUAAGGUAUUCAAUUUAAUGAUGGAAAAUGCGAAUAUUUCCGUAACACUAUCUUGGAUUAUACCAAUAAUUGUUUUCUUCAAACAAGGACAAGUUGCAACAUUCCCAGAUUUCAAUCUGGCAAACUACACUGAUUAUGUUGUUUCAUCGUUGAAAGACCCUAAAUGCUAUUUGUUUUAUAUUACAUUAGUCGAUCAACUUCAUGCUGCCGGAAAAGUGACAAUUGACAAAGUAUUACUGCCAACCGUAAAGACAGUUCAACUUGGUUUGAAUCUACUGAUAUCUUCUAAUCAAUUACAUGAAAACCAACAUCUGUCCGAAGAGGAUUUAUUUGAUUCCUUUAUGCCGUCUUCCGAAACUGAAAUCACAGCGUGCCAAUUUGCUGAUUAUAAUAAGUACAACUAUAACUCAUUAUACUUUCAUAGACAUACAUUUGAACAAAAGAUUAUCAACUUUGUCUUAAAUAGUGAAUUAUCGACAAAUGUUGAUUCGAUGUUUGCGGCUCUGUUGCUAUUUACCUCCAAAGUGAAGGAUAAAUUCCAAUUGCUAGGAUGUUAUUAUGAGAUUAUGAAGUGGCUUGAAUGUGGGCAAGUUGUGUUGUCUGUUAACAUUGUUGAUGGUAUAUUUAACCAAGUGACUACAUUCUUGGAGGAUCAUACCAUGAAAACUUACGAAGCAGCGUUAAUAUGUGUUACAAGGAUAUUUGAGUAUACUUCUAAGACAUGGAUGAGUGCAAGUAUGGGGAUAGAAAGUGAUGGGAAAUCUGUCUACGAAUAUUUGAUCAAUUUAUAUAGCAAAGGUAUGAUUCACAAUGAGCUCUCUUUGAUUGGGGUCUUCAGUUUCUUUCAAGCCAUAAUUCAAAACCAGAUGGUAGCAAGCAAUUUAUUUGAUUAUCGUCAGAUUUUGAUUGAGUCGACAAAAUACUUUCACUUAUUUGAUAACUAUGGUAAGUUUCAGGUCCUGAACUCUGUAUUGGCAACUGUGAAAUCGCAAAAAGACAUAUUUGAAACGUAUACUCUUUUCCUAAAAUCUUUCAGAAGCCCCCAACAAUCUGUAGAAUCCUCUGCAACAUUUUGCUGCUUCAUGUCUCGUAUGUCAAAUGCGUCAGAGUCGCUGAUCAUAACCACCGUCUGCAACUUACUUGAAUUAUCAAAUUUUAAACAAAUACUAGAUUACAUGGAGUUUGCGAUCAGUGAUAUAACAUAUUCCAACAGAAUACCCCAUCCAAAUAGAUUGUUUUGGAAUUUCAAGGAAGUUUUUUUCAAAUGCUGGGAGAGUUUCCAGCUUCCUAUUGAAAACUUUCCUUUUUAUUUAUUUGGGUUCAGUUCCCUAGAUGAUUUCUUCUUAAGAAGUUACAAAGAAAUUAUUGCAUCCUCUCUUGCUUAUAAUCACGUUGGCAUAAUCGAUACCUUAAAAAAUAAGGUUAAUAUCAAAGAAACAGCAAUGAUAAAGGACUCUAUGUCUCUAUCAGUGACGCUAUCAUGGACUAAAGGAGGCAUCAGGAACGGAAUUUUUAAGAUCUUUGAAAAGUAUUUUAGUUCGUCGAAGGCACUCAAGUCAAGUAUAAGUGAGCAAUAUUUACUUAUUGUUUUUCAGUUACUCAGGUUUUGUGAUUGUUCAUCAGAGGAAGAGUUACUAUCUCUUUUUGAGGGUCCUAAUCAUUUUGAUCUUCCGCUUUCAAUAGAUGCUCUUAAAUUCGAGUUUUUGGAAGAGUAUGAUCUUUGGAUUAAACCUAAAAGUUGUGUGGAGAUGAUAAACUAUUUUGGAAAUUUGUGUGGCAUUGAGAACAUAUGGUCUACACAAAUAGUCUACCAUUUAGCCUCAAAAUUAUUACUGCUGAUAGAAUCGUCCAUUCUUGGAAUAGAGAAAUUGAUCAACCUCCGGCGCUUGAAGCUUUUGUUUAUACUCUCACAUGAUGGGUUCCAGAGCACACAUGUUUGUGAUCUCCUCAUAUCGAAUCUCUCUUCCUAUAUGAAAGAUUCCUUAUUAAAUAAUGACACUGCUAUAAUUCUGACUUCGCUUUUGCAACUGAACUCUGGUACUCUUUCAAAUAUUACAGUUUACUCACUAGUUACGAUUAUUUGUACAUUACUUGAAGCUUCAAGGACUCCUGAUUCAGAAAGACUAGCUCUUUGGGUCUUGAGUAAUAGAAAUAAAUUUCAAACAGGUGAGUUCACCGACAUAAUACAUUUUGGGUUUGAUAUUGUUGAAGAUAAAAACGCAAACUGUUUACCUGAUUUAGUGGAAUUUGUGAACAAGGCGUUCAGAGAUAAAUCACAUGUUCAAAUAUUGAUGCACUACCUUUCACUUCUCUUCAAACAUAAUUCCACUUUUCAAAAUUUUAACCUCAAAAUUGAUUCUCAAAGACUGACCCAAGAGUUUAUACAAAACUUGUUUACCAUCAAAACUUUAUAUGCGGAAAAUCUUUCUGAUGGGAUGAUUCAGUGGAUAGGCAGGUCCCUAGGACUGUAUUAUCAGAAUAAUGGCAAAAUUCCAAAUAGAGAAUUGUAUGAGUUUGACAAUCGUUCACUAAGACAUAGCAAUAUGAUUGAUUUUGAUGAUGAAGUUAAAUCGCUCGACACUAUAUUUCGACAAAUAAUCCAUGACUUACCAUCUUCUUCAUUGCGAGCAAGGUAUUGCUUUGAAACUAUUGUUGGUGUUCUUUUGCAAAAGCAUAAUACACAGGCUGAAAAUAUGUCUAGCCAGAUUUCUUAUGACGAACUUUUUAGGGAGUUUGAGGAGUUCAUAUAUCCAAUCAGUAGCUACAUGUGCUCAGUUUUAAUUGACCAAGUUGAACUUGAAACAGCAUCGUAUUAUAAACACGGUCUAGACCAAGCAUUGAAUGGGUUCACCACAAUUCUCAAAGUUUACAAAUUUGAAAGAUGGUUGUCGCAAAUUGUAUUUUCAAUAAUAAACGAAUUAUCGAGUCAAUCAAGUAUAAUGAUCUUACUUGCUAACUACAUGCGUCAAAUUCCUCGGUUUGUGCAAGAAUGUUUUUGCCCUUUAGUUCUUUUUUACAUCCAAAGUGAAUCUAUCAAACGUGGUAAAAUCAUAGGAAAGAUGAUCAGUGACUUUUUUAGUCAGGACUUUGCAAUUCUCACCAAAGAUUCGAUAGUGUUGUUUCUUGAACUAGUGUUGCUAAUCAGACUCGGCACGAAAAAUGGAAACGAGAAAUUUGUCAGUAUCUACCGAGUUAUAGAUAUAGCCAGAGUUUAUGAAGCAGCGUUGUUUAUCAAUAAGAAUAAAACGGCCUUGUUACUUUUUGAGGACCAUCAUUCAGCUGUAGGGUUAGUGACUAAGGGACCUAUCUUAUCAAACAAAAGAUACGAAUCCUUGUUGAAGAAUAUUUACUCAGGUAUUGAAGAUAAUGACUUGAUUUUUGGAUUGCCCAUUGUUCCUGAACUCGACUAUGGACUACAAAUAUUAAGGCAUAACAAUCUUCAGUGGGGUGAAAUGAUGUUCAACAAUGCAAAAUUCGAGUCAAAUUUAUUUUGGAGAUGUGAUGAGAGACUUGCCACAGUGAAUAAAAUCACCGAGAGUAUGAUGGAUAUGGGCUGGUCUGGAAUCUCUAGCAUCGUCAAUCAGUAUUCUAGCAGUGUUUGUGAAGAGCUUGUCAGUACUUCUGAUGCGAUGUACGAACAACUAUGGAAGCUUAACCAAUGGGAUCUUUCUAUUCCCAAAGACAAAAGUACAGAGCAUCAGUUUGUUUACUCUAUGCUGAAAAAUAUAAAUGAUAAGCCAGAUUUUCACUCUAAAUUAACUAAAGACGCCAUCAAUGACUUAGUUAAGAUUGACAUCUCUAAAUUCCAUAAGCAUGGUUCAACUCAGAAUGAAACCCUGGAAUCGUGGGUUCGGACAUUAACUAUUUGUAACACGGUAGAUGAUAUCCUAGGUUCUGAAGACCAAAACUUUGGUAGUAUGCUAAAAAAGUUUUCAGCCUCUACAGAAUGGUUUAGGGAAGCAACAGUUGACGAAUUUGAAAAUAUCCUACUAGCCAGACGUACUAUUUUAUCUAUAAUGAGCCAGUAUGGUUCAAGAGAAGAAAAAGGGUAUUUUCAGAUCAGCCAUGGAAAUUGCUGGCUUGGAAUCGUCAAUGAGUUGAACUUUUACAACAAUAUUAUGAUAGAAAAGGGAUCUACACAGAAAGCAGUAAAUGGUGCUGUGUUUUUGAACGAGAUAUCUCAAGUUGAACAUUUGGUAGACAAUGCUUAUAUUAAACGAAUUGCUAAGUACAAUUUAGCAUACGCAUUUUGGACUCAACAGUCUGACACACGUUUCCCCAUCGAAACACUGAAGGAUGUUAUUGAGACAGAUAAAACUAGUGCAACUGCUCUUCCCGAAGCUCAGAUGGUAAUCUCUAGUUUACCCACUGAACUACUAAUAGCGACUCUGGCAAAGUGGUCAGACGAAUGUAAGCAAGAAACAUCAUCGGUUAUAAUGGAAAAAUAUAUUGAUCCUCUGACUGAAUUAUUAGAAUCUAUCGAUGUGUCAAAUCCCCCUCACGAUUAUUUGGGCCUGACAUUCCAUAUAAUGGCUAAAUUCUGCGACGAUCAAAUACAAAAGAGGGAAUCAAAUUCAGGUGUGUCAAAGUCCUUAGAUUCUAUCAAGUUAUUAGAAAAUGAUAUUAAAGCAUUGGCAAAGUUCUUGAAGGAGGAAACAACUAAAGAAAAGAAAAAAUAUGCACAUCUCGAUUUACUGAGAUUGAAAAAUCGUCACAAGCAACAAGUUAAAGAGGUGCAAAAAGAACAAGAGGAACGUGCCAAUUAUAUUACUAAAGCGGUUAAUUUUUAUUUUAAAUCAAUGGCAUACGAUGAUCACCAAUUUAUAGAGCAAAGUAUAGAUAGAUUCUGCUCGUUGUGGAUAGAAAACAACAAUAUUGAGAUUGAUUCAAAUCAACUACUUUUGUUACCCACUCAUAAUUUUGUCACUUGGAAUAAUCAACUAGUAUCCAAACUAAUGGAUGAAAGAACACAUUUUCAGGAUACUUUGAAAAACUUGUUGAUUCACAUUUCUUUAAACCAUCCAUUCCAUACUUUAUACCUUCUAAAAUCCUUAAGAAUAACUAAAGUUGAGUCUGACGAUCCUGCGGCUAUCUCUAGAGGUAAUGUUGCACAAAGAAUUUGGGAGACACUUUGUACCUGUGAAUCCAAAUUUAAUGUUGAAGGUAUCCAUAAUAUUUUGACUUCCAUUGACGCAUUAUCAGAUAAAUCAGUCGAGAUUGCUAACAUCAAACUGAAAAACAUAAAGCGAGUGCCAAUAACAAGACUCCCUGAUGGUAGAUGGUGGAUAGAUUCUUUGCCCAAUCUUUGUAUCCCCUCUCCCGUGAAAAGCAUACAAAUUUGCAAGAAUAAGCCGUAUAGAAGGGAUGAAUUACCAUUAGUUCUAAGUAUAAGCGAAACCUUAGUGGUAGCACCAUCCGGAGUAAGUCAUCCUAAAAUUAUGAAAGUCCAAUUGACAAACGGGGAAUCACAAAAAAUGCUUUUAAAAGCCCCCGAUGAUUUAAGACAGGAUGCCAUUAUGAUACAAGUAUUCAAGAAGGUUAACAAGUUGCUAUGGAAAGAUAUUCAGACAAAGAAAAGGAGGCUAAGAAUCAGAACCUACAAUGUUUUGCCACUAGGCCCAUCCUCUGGAAUAUUAGAAUUUGUUCCAAAUUCCAUGCCUUUAGUUGAUAUUUUGAAAUUCUUGCACCAAGGAGAUGAAUUGGAUAUCAAUGAUGCACGCUUGAAAAUGAAGGAAGUUCAGACACAAGCUAAAUCGGUCAGGUAUCAAGUAUACAAAAGUAUCUGCAAAAAAAUCCAACCAAAUCUCAGGACAUUUUUCUUUAAUAAUUUCACGUCCCCUGAUACAUGGUUUGAAUCACGAUGCCUAUAUUCACAUGGUGUUGCCACUACUUCGAUCAUUGGUUAUAUUUUGGGCAUUGGAGAUCGGCAUUGUAAUAAUAUUCUUCUAGAUAAAUCAUCCGGCGAACCAAUUCAUAUUGACUUUGGCGUUGCUUUUGAUCAAGGGAAGUCAUUGCCUAUUCCAGAAACCGUGCCAUUUAGAUUGACGAGAGAUUUAGUUGAUGGUCUAGGAGUAACAAAAGUUGAUGGUAUGUUCAGCAAAAGUUGUGAACAUGUUUUACGAGUGUUGAGAUUAAACAAACAAUAUAUCAUUAGUAUCUUGAAUGUCUUGAAGUAUGACCCUUUAUAUAGUUGGACAUUAUCUCCAUUGAGGAAGAAAAAGCUACAACAUAUUUACUAUAAUGUUGAAAAUGAUAUUGGGUUUGAUGAGUUUGUGAAUACAGAUUUGGGUUCAGAGGCUAACAGUGCGAUUGAAACGGUGAAACGUAAAUUGGACGCCAGCGGAUUGAGUGAUGAGGCUGUUGUUAGAGAAUUGAUUCGGGAUGCUGUAGAUCCUCAGAAUCUUGCACUGAUUUUUAUGGGAUGGAGUCCUUUUCUUUAG